AUGGAAUCGCUGUUUUUGGGAAGAAACAAUCUUACAUUGACAAAUGCAAACCAAAUGGCCCCUAAAUCUGCAUUCUAUCAGCUGUCCUUGAUAUCCUGCAACAUUUCUUCUGAUGGAAUUCCUAUCUGGUUGGCGAACCAAACUGAUCUCGCAGUUCUCGACUUGAGCAGCAACCGGAGGAUCACAGGAAACUUCCCCAGGUGGCUGGCUGAACAGCCGAUAAAUGAAUUGGUUUUGGUGGAUAACUUGCUUCAAGGUACUCUGCCUCCUGAAUUGGCGUCCAAUGGAGGUAUACAAACUCUCGACUUAUCAGAGAACAAUUUCGAGGGAGAAAUAUUUCUAAACAGAGGAACUAACGAGACCGAGCAAAGUGGGUACUCCAUGUUGAUUCUUUCAGAUAACAUAUUUACAGGAUCGCUUGGAACUCACAUCUCGGAUAUGAGUUACUUGUUUUAUCUGGACUUGUCAAGAAACCAACUUUCAGGUGAGGCUUUUGUCUUUCUUUGCCAGCGUUCUUACAGUUGUCCACAGUAUAUUAAUCUCUCCUUCAAUACCUUUCAUGGAAAUAUAUCCAUAUAUUCUGGCAAAGCGUACUCACUGAACGUCCUUGAGGUCGCUCACAACCGUUUCUCUAAUAUUUAUUUGCCACGAUAUUUAGAGGAGCUCCAACUUCUUGAUCUUCGUGAGAAUAGAAUAUCGGGUGAAAUUCCAGCUUGUUUGGCUCAAAUCUCAUCUUUACAAAUUUUGAGUGUGGGAAACAACUUUCUUCGAGGGCCGAUUCCAUCGAAUCUUUCUAAUCUCAGAAGCCUUCAAAUUUUGGACCUCUCCGGCAACAAAUUAAGGGGCAGGGUGCCCAACCAUUUAGGAAAUUUGAGGGGUAUGAUCCAUGCUCCGCCUGACUCACCAAUUUUGGGUUUCGCUCAGAUUAAUAAACCAAUUGAUUCCGCCUGGGUCUCGGGGCCAUCAAUUCCAACUCCAUGGUUUGAAGUCUUCUGGAAGACUCAUAAUGAGGGGCUUCCCAACAAUCACUUGGGAUUAUACACUCUUCUUGAUCUAUCCAACAAUCAAUUGUCAGGUGAAAUCCCAAAUAGUUUGGGGAACUUGAGAAGUCUCAAAGUGCUCAAUCUGUCCCACCACAGCCUAUCCGGUCCAAUCCCAGCUAGUUUCGGAAACAUUAAGGAAUUGGAGAGCUUGGAUUUAUCUCACAACAACUUAUCUGGAGACAUUCCGGAAUCUAUGGGAACAUUGCUGCAAAUCACUAAUCUGCAAUUAAGCGACAACAAUCUCUCCGGACGGAUCCCGACCGGUUCCCAAAUGGACAGGAUGAACAAUCCAGAUUCUUAUGCUAACAAUGACGCUAGAUUGUGCGGGAUGCAGAUUCUCAAACCGUGCAAUGAUGUGGCGAUAACUCCGACACGGGAGGCAGCGCCUAGAGGAGGACCAGAGCGCGAUGAAGGGUUAUGGCUUUCGUGGAUGACAGCGAGCAUUGGAUUUCCUGCUGGAUUUGUCACGACAGUGCUUGGGAUGUACGGCUUCGGUUACUUCCACCACAAUCCAGAGUUGCUACGACGACGAAGGAUGAUGAGGCGUCGUGCCAUCGGGUUCUGA